AUGUUUCUCUUUUCCCAAUCGACAAGUUGGGUUUCUAAAUACUAUAAAUAAACAAAAUUUUGAUAUUUUCAGAUAUCAUUGGACACCCCAACGUCGUCUCAAGCCUCGGAUCCAUUGGAGAAGGCCUUUUGUGAGGAUGAUUCCCAGUCCAGUCAAGCGGAUGGAUUGCCUCCGUUGAUCUUUCUCACUCUGGGAAGUCAUUAUCAAUUGAUUGAUUCGCUGGAAACUUUACAGCCGGGCUUUAUCAUACUGUAUCAUACGGAUCUUGGAUCUUUCAGGCUGAUCGAGGUAAGUGCGAAGAGAAAAAUUUAAUCUGAGGUGGCUAACAAUUUUUUAUCCCGUUUUGUGCUAGCUUUGAAUAGAAGCGACUUAUUUAAAUUAUUAUUUUCAGUCCCACAAAGCCCAUCAUCCAGGGGUUUCCCUCACAAUUUACGCCCUCACUUAUCCCAACUCAACGGAAGAAGAAAGGUAUUUAUCUGCGAUGCAGAAUGAACAACUCUCUAUGGAAUCGCUGAUCAAAGAACUUGGCACGCUUCUAAUCAACACAGAAUAUGAUACGACAAGGGAAACGGCGUCUAAUCUACGAGAAAUUGCGUUGAAAAAUGAUUCGAGGUUGGCCAAAAAGAAGGAUGACGUUGAUCAACAACUUCAGCCUAUGGUAAAUUAGAUUUCUGAAAUGAUUUGAGCUGUCAUUCCAGGUUGUUAUUGAUGUUCGAGAAUUCCAAAGUGAGCUGCCAAUUGUCUUGUAUCAAAAUGGAAUUGAUUUGUAUCCAUGCACUCUGGAAGUGGGCGAUUACAUUUUAUCCCCGACAAUUUGUGUGGAAAGAAAAGCCCUGGAUGAUCUGGCACAAUCGCUGAAUAAUGGACGAGUCUUCAAACAGAUCGAACAAGUAUGAAUUGUGUUCGAAUUUUGAUUACAUGACUUUGUAGAUGCAUCAACAUUAUGAUCGGAUAAUAUUGUUGAUCGAAUCGAGUGAAAAGUUCCGGAAGAAACGGGUAAAUGGAGGUCCAUUCCAAGGAGAAUUGUCGAAACGAAGUGCUGAUACGAGGAGUUUAUUGUGUCAAUUGAUAAGAUCUCAGCCCAAAUUGACCUGUCUCUGGAGUCUCUCACCCUCUCACUCCGCCGAACUCUUUGAGGAAAUCAAGGUAAGGAGCAUCGGAGUGUCGAAUUAUGGAUUAUUAAAGAUAACAGACUAUGACUUUGACAAUAUCACAAUCUAAUUUGAUUAAUUCGGACCUAAUUACAGCUCGAUCAAGAGAACCCGGACCCUGAGAAGGCGAUGGCAAUCAAAACUGAUGACUUUUCGAUUCUAGAAGAGGAUGAUAUCGAUGACACCUCAGAAGUUGCAAUAAAACAAGCAAAAUUCAACCAGACCACCAGGCGGUCUCUCCAAACACUUCCUGAUAUAAAUAUGGGUGAUCUGGAUAAAUGCCUGCGGUCGAAUAAGUUCCGAAACGUCCAGGAAUUUUGUUGUGGAAGUGCUGAGGCCUACAUCAAAUCAGGAUUCACCGAGAAACAAGCUGACGAGUUCAUUCAACUGUUCAACACUGACUUCAGAUUGGUUGAUGGAUAA